ACAUUCCGUUCCGUCAGGUGCCUCUUCGACAAAUGUGAAUCUACUUUUGUUUGUUUCCCAUUGGAAAUCCAGAGAUCCAGAAACUUACGAUAACCGCAUGACGGCGCUGGCAGCCAAACUCAUGAGCAUAGCGGUCUCUGACCAGUUUCUCCAGUAGACUGCAACCAGCAGAGUGAGAACUUUUCCGCCAACUGCGAUACUCGGGAAGUGAACUCUGAGGUAAACACUGGGCGUGGAGUGUGUGUUGAUAUGGGGAGAGCGACUAGCAUGGGCGGUGGGACGCUGUUGGCGUGCUGCUGUGUCGUACUGGGACUGGUUUCUAGUGCAGAAUUAAAUGAGAAUUCACAAGACAAAUUCUUCUGUAUACUCAAAGAAAAAACUAACUGCAAUGAAGAUGUUGCUGCCGAAACUGAAAAGGUGUUCACAAGCCUAGGAAAUCACUAUUCAAGUAUUUCAGAAGAAACACGAAAAAUAAUUGAAAAUGAGAAUCCAAGUAAUUUUUCAUCAUAUGUUCUUUCAUCUUUGCAUGUUAAUCUCCUAAGUCUUCUGCCUGAUAGCUAUUUGCAAAACAUAACUGGUUCUGCAGUAGCUGAAGUUAUAAAAACCCACAUCCAAAAUGAAGCUGUGGUGAUAAAAUACUUAGCGCUUCUUAACAGCAGAAAUCAGCAAAAGGAUUUUCUUGAAAGUAUGGUGAAUGUUACACUGCCAGUUACUGUACAACAAAAGCUAGCAUCAGUAAUGUCUACUUGGUUGCCAUUGGAUGAUUGGACAGCUGAUGAUUUUCUAUCUGCAAGGGAUGUUGGAAACCCUGUUCUAGCAUAUCUUCCAGCAGCACUCUUAAUCAAUGUCCCAGAUAAAACCGCAUUAAAAUUCUUGUUGCAUCUUAAUGAAUGGAAAGGAUCUGAUCCUGCAAAUAAGUGGAGUGACAAGCCAGAGUCAGUAAAGAGGAUUUGGUCAUACUUGUCUGCAAGGGAGCUAUAUCCACAACCAUUGGAGAUGUGGACAAUACGGAACUUAAAACUGGAGGGCUUUCUCCUAGAAGGAACUACUUCUGAUGAAUUGAAGAAGUUAAAUUUAAGGCACAGCGAUAGCCUUAAACUAAUAAGUGAACUGCAACUUAAUAAGAUUCAGGUCCGCACGAUCUUCGAUAUGCUGUAUGGGAAUCUCAGUGAAUUCAGCUUGGAAAACUUUGAUGAUGUGAGAAUAUUCAUUCCCUUUCUCUUACCAAUGCACAUACAGAAAUUUGUCUUGGGACUUGCUGAUGCAGUGCCAUUAACAAAUCUUGUGUUAAAAAUGGAUGAUCAUUCUCUGCCUUUAGUGAAACAGUUAUUUGAAUACCACAUUGCAAAACUGGUUUUAGAGGAUAAAAUAGAAAAUGAAUAUCCUGAAUCAUGGAAGCAAAAUAUCUCUUAUAUAUCACACUUCGCAUUUUUGCUACCAAAAAGGGCUUUACAAUCUUACAGCAUGGAUAGUCUUCCCAUUCAAAUACUGUCAAGACUUGCCACAACUAAGCUAUCAAGAAAACAGGCAGAGUUGCUGAGUGGAAAAAAUGAUCCAGAACUUCUUUUGAGUUUAGAAGGAUUUGUGAAAUCUGUACCAUCAUCAGUGAUUUCCAGUCUUGAGAUUGGAGGUCUAAAGCAGGAAAUGCUGUUUAAUUUAAUAACUAAUAUUGUCACUGCAGCUCACGCUCAGGAUGUGACUUAUCUUCCUGUGCCAACUCGGAUGCAAAUUUUGACAGUACUACAAAAAAUAAGACCUUACUUGGCUGAGAGAAGCAUUCUGGAAAGUAUAUAUAAGAGUGGAAAUCCAGGUCAUUUUUUCACAUUUAUAUCACCUAAGGAAUUAUUGGAGAUAGAAAAGAAGCUGAGAGGCACCCUAUCAGAUGUUUCUUUUGAACACUUUGCACAGGACUUCAGUGGACUACCACAAAAUACACUUUCAGUUCUCCUGGGGAGUAUCAGAUCUAAAAUAUUAGAGAGAAAUGAUUCUUGGACAUUGAAUUCAUUAACUGAAUUAAAUCAGUUGAUCCUUGGAAUGACCUGCAAUGAUGUUGCUGUUAUUGAUACUCUUGACAUACUUCAGAUACUUCAACUGUACAACAAAUAUGUCAGACUUGCAAGAAUGGAAUAUCCUAAGGACCUACAGUAUUGUUGGCUCCAAGUCCUCCCAGACUACUUUCUUAUGAAAGGCAAAGUCAGAGGCCAUAGUGCAACUGCUGAUUUUACUGAAGAGGUGGAAAGGGCAGAUACCUAUGCUAUUGGAGGUUUUGUAUUGGGUGGUCUUUCCCCAAUGAUCAUUUCACAAGCACCAGACAGAUUCCAUAUACUUAAUGCCAUUGGUGAACUAUCUCCAAUGGAGCUGUUGCAGUCGAUGAAUAAUGAAAACCCAACAGAUUAUGCUACAUUAUUUGUUGAGAAACAUAUUACAGGCCAAACUAUCGAACUCAAUGAUUUAUUGAACAUGGGAACCCUCACCAAUUUUUUGAAAGUCAGUGACAUUAACAAAAUUCAGCCUAAAGCCUUCAAAUUGUUUUUAGAAGUUGUUCCACAGGAAAAUAAAGUUUUGUGCACCUCCUCCAUUGCAAUGGAAGCUUGGUGCAAUCUAAUAAAUGAAACAUUUGGAGCACCAAGACUGUGGAGCAGUAGUAGUUUGGCAUCUAUGGGCGAUUUACUCAUAGUAUGUCCCCACACAUUUUUGCUAGAUGUUCCUGAAACAAGCUGGAUUAAUGCCAUAGAUGUACUGACAAAUACAACAUAUUACCAUAAAAAGGGAAAAUUUCUGGGUGAAACAUCACAUUUAUCUUUCAUUCAGAUGUGUCUGAAGUUCUUAAAGGCUACUGAUCAUGGAAAUUACCUAAAAUCUGUAAAAGAACUGAUGCAUUUGUACUUAAUAGCUACACAAGAAGUCCUAGAUAAAAUUAUUCCUGCUGCUCAUAUUGUGCAUGCCAAUAAAGCAGCAAAUACAACUAAGUCACACAAUGUAAAGUUCCAUAGUGUGUUUGGAAGAGUAAAUGAACAGCUGACAAAAAUUGAAGUGCUGAACAUGGAUGAACAAAAUCGAACCAAAAGAGAACUUGGCUCCUCUGUGGCAGCUUCAUCUAAAAAUUUUAAUCCACAAAAUGAGCCUGGUAACAGUUUAAGAGCAGCUGUAAUGAAAAAUGCUCAUGAAACAACUGAAGACUCAAGGGUAAAGGAACUUGGCAGCUCACCUAUAACAGAGCAUAGCAAUGUGGAGGAUGAAGAUUCUCUUUCUGCUACAGAUUUACAGAAAGUAAAUAUUGUUAGCAAUCUUACAUGUGUUGCUAUAAAAGCAAGUGGAAUUGGUGCUUACCUUGGCCUAAAGGAGGAAGAUAUAGAAAAUAUGGUUAAUGAUGAAACUGAAGAAUGUCUUGACAUUUUUGGUGCCCUAGACCUUGGACAAAGGGCACAAAAGGUUGUGUGGAACACACUUGGCAAGGCCUUUCUACUGACAAAUUUACUGGAUCUUGGCCACCUAGUGAAAGUAAUGGGAAUGAAUGACAUAAGUGAAGUGAAAUUAAAUAACAAGAGAUUCUACAUGGAAACAAUAGCAGCAUUAGGUGAAGAAAUAGAUGAUCCAAAAUUGAUCAGAAUUUUAGCAACCAAGUGGUUAAUUGAUAAUCUGAAUAAGACCUUACCAACAGAAGCAGUUGGAGCUUUGGGAAACAUUAUUUGUGGUUUACCGACGCCCACUAUCACAGACUUGCUUAGUAAGGACAGAGCCUUUGCUAAACUUUUACCUGUAUUGAGAAACAUAAAGGGGUGUCCAAUGAUGUGCUUGCAGGAUCUUGCAGCAGUAGCUGUAAGAAAUUAUGGAGAUCCAAGCACAUGGAGUUCAGAAGACAUUUCUGCUUUAGGCGUUAUAAUGGCCGGAUUGAAUACCAGACAUUGGAAAUCACUGAAAGGAACUCGGGGUAACUUCCCCCUCUGUGGAUUGACUUCUCGUGCUGUGCAAUGUUUACCUCUCAAUGUGAUUAAGGAUCUUACAGUUGAACAAGUGGCAUCCCUGCUUCCAAGUGCUGUUUCAGUGAGUGAAGACAAAUUCUCUGUGUUGCCGGAACAACAAAAAGAAAUACUAAAAAAAACAUUGAGACGUCAAGAGAGAGAUGUAAUUAAUAAAUCAGUGUGUAAUUUCGUUUUAAAUAUACAAACAGUCAUUAUGUUAACUAUUUUAUGGUUUCAUUUAAUCUUUUAGUUACAUGGAAAAAUGUUACAUCUAUCAUUUGUCAUAAUGGUGUUAUUUACAGUUCAUGUGCAAAUAGUUUUGUGUUGGUAUUCUAUCCAAUAAAUGUGUUGUACUUUUAUAUAUCUUUUAUUUCUCACAAUUGCUAUUUAUUCUGCAUAAUGACAAAUGACUAAUUACAUUUUAAUCCAUUGUAGGAAACAGAUCAUGUUGAGAAUUAGCAGUAAAGGUAUUGCAACAGCCUUUGAUUAGUUAAAGGUGUGUCAAGUUCAUUCUGAUAAACUGAUGCUAGAUGUUGAGAGAUCCAGUUAAAUAUGUCACAGUUGAAACAAUAGUCAUUUCUCUGCAUUGAUUAGUGGUGGACAAUCUCACAAAUUUUCAAGCUACUUAAGUCUUGGGCCAUGAUUUGAUAAUGGACAUUAUUGUCCGAAACCAAUCAGCAUGAAGAAAUGACUGUUACUGCAACUAUGAUGGAUUGUGAAAGAAAAUAGACUAUCGAUAUUGCUGUUAUUGCAAAUAGUCAUGAUAUAUUUUAUUUUCUUCUACUUUUCAUGAGACAAUUACAUGAGCAUUUCACAAUAUCAUAACUGAGUUUGGUCAGCCAGUUGCAUUCAAAUGACCAAUACAUAAAAAGAGGAGACAUGGGAUCAUUAUAGCCCCUUGCAGGUCCGGGGGUAAGAAUAGGCCCGAGGUAUUCCUGCCUGUCUUAAGAGGCAACUAAAAGGAGUCUCUCACAUUUUGGCCUUUGUGAUGGUCCCCUGUAGGGUUUGACCUCCAAUCUUCAAAAUUUUUCCAAAGAGCAAGCCAGUUGGGAAAGGGCGCCUUAUAAGGUGCAUCAUGUCCAUUGUGCCUUGAGAUCUGUAGCCCGCUUUCUCAUUGUUGCAUUGCAGUCCUGCUCAUUCUCUCUCUCUAGAGUGAGGACACCUUCCUGGGUGCAUCUUCCACCAUGCACUAUGCAGUGUCGCUGUCUUCACCGAUGAUGACCAUGCACUUGUUUGCACCUGAUACCCAGCAUAGUAGGCAGUCCGUUGUGGUGGGGCUGCCAUGUGCCUUGUUUGUUGUAGCCCCCUGACAACACAGGGAUUGCUCUGCUGAUACCUGUGCCUUUAAUUCCCCACUAUACCAAGGAGUAGAUGCGUGACAC